GUUGGUUGUACAAGUGACAUCGGCAGCAGUAGCACGCCAACGUCUGGCGACGAAACGUGUGGUGUUGGGGCGCCUGUUGUCCACAAAAAGAGAGAGAAGGGGAGGCAAAGUAGAUAUGUCGGCAGGACGUGCACAUGGCGAGCCGUCGGCCUCUACGAAGGCCGCGGCGGAUGUUCUUGUCAAGGGGCUGGGAGACAUGCUGCGGGCUCAGCUGACAGUCGCAAACGGGGACGUUACAAAGGCUGCCGCCGUAACCGACGCCGUGGCGGGAGAGCUAGACUGCAUGCGGAAGGACGUCGGGUCCAUCAACCUCUACUGCAGCGAUUGCGAGAAAAAGAUUGCUGGAACCGGCGGAGACCCAUCGCUUUCAACAGCGCUCGCCGCGAUAGAUAGCUGUCAUCAGGAAACCGCUCUUCUCGAGGAGGUCCUCGGACAACUGGAGGGCCAAAUGGCGCAACUAGAGGAGAGAUGGGGGCGCCUGAAGCGAUGAAGGACCCACAAGUGUUAAUAGUUGUGCAUUCAAUGGUUUGGAGAAAAGUUGUUUCCAGCAUGGCACAGGAGCGCUAGGGAGUUGUCGAUGGUGAGCCGAAGCGUCCGCGGGCUCCUUGCGCUGGCGGUGAUGCCAUGUCGGCACCCUGGUAUUGGUCGUCCCUGUCUUGCAGAGUGGGAUAGUACUUCGAAAGGGCACGAGGAGCAAAUAUCGUAGCCUGCUUUGUACGUGUUUAACGUUGGUGGGGUGGGAUGAGGUCAUACCGCUGUAUGUGGUAGGCGUUGUAUGUGUUGCCACCCGUGAUACGCAGGGUCGUAUUGUGUGGGUACAAGCAUUUAUGUUGAAACAUACUUGACGGCUCGGCGCGGAAGUCACAAGACGACUCUUCCCUUCCCAAACGGAGCGCCGCCUGAAUGCGAGUCGGGCUUUGCUAACUAGUGUCGAGGGGCGCGCGGUGGAGGGACCGGUUGUAGCUUUCG